CAAAAAAAGAAAAAAAACUCCCGCCCCUUUCACUAUUAGGGCACCUUCGAAGGUUCAGAGAAAUCGGUCAUGGCUUCUUCUUCAUCUCCGGCGGUGGCGGUGGCGGUGGCGGGACCGGAGAUACCAUGGGUGGAGAAGUAUAGGCCCUCCAAGGUGGCGGAUAUUGUCGGGAAUGAGGACGCCGUCUCUAGGCUCCAAGUCAUUGCUCGCGACGGCAACAUGCCUAAUCUUAUCCUCGCCGGUCCUCCUGGAACCGGUAAGACUACUAGUAUAUUGGCCCUAGCUCAUGAACUUCUAGGACCAAAUUACAGAGAGGCGGUUUUAGAGCUGAAUGCGUCAGAUGAUAGAGGAAUUGAUGUUGUGAGAAACAAAAUAAAGAUGUUUGCUCAGAAGAAAGUCACGUUGCCUCCUGGAAGGCACAAAAUAGUAAUUUUGGAUGAGGCUGACAGCAUGACAUCUGGAGCUCAACAAGCGUUGAGGAGGACGAUGGAGAUAUACUCAAGUUCGACACGUUUUGGACUGGCUUGCAACACAUCUGCAAAGAUUAUUGAGCCUAUACAGAGUAGAUGUGCCCUUGUCCGUUUUUCUAGAUUAUCCGAUCAGGAGAUUCUUGGACGUCUCAUGGUGGUGGUUGCAGCAGAAAAGGUACCUUAUGUUCCAGAAGGUCUUGAAGCAAUUAUUUUCACCGCUGAUGGUGAUAUGAGGCAAGCUUUGAAUAACCUGCAAGCCACAAACAGUGGAUUUGGAUUCGUCAGUCAAGAAAACGUUUUCAAGGUAUGUGACCAGCCCCAUCCUUUGCAUGUGAAGAACAUGGUACGCCAAGUAAUCGACGGGAAAUUCGACGAUGCAUGUGCUGGAAUGAAGCAUCUUUACGAUAUGGGCUAUUCUCCUACUGAUAUUAUCACUACCCUUUUCCGUAUCAUCAAGAACUACGACAUGGCAGAGUAUUUGAAGUUGGAAUUCAUGAAGGAAACUGGAUUUGCCCAUAUGAGGAUUUGUGAUGGAGUUGGUUCGUAUCUUCAGCUGUGUGGUUUGCUGGCGAAAUUUGCGAUCAUGGUAAAAUCCUAG